CACAUCGCUAGGAAAUUUCCUUGGAUUUCAGGAAUUCCAUUCAAUCAUUUUCGGGUUUUAUCUUUGUUCCAGAGGCAGGUGUGGGCUGCUGCGCGGUCAUUGAGGUGUUAUAGAUAACAGUCACAGAGUUGUCACAUUCCUCACAGCUGUAAACGAUGCGGGCAUCGCAUAGCACCUUUCAUUCAUUUUGGCUAACGCUAGCUUUGUAGUGGCGGCUCCACAUCCUAAUGUUAAGUAACUCACCACCGCUGCAUUUGCUUGACUGACCCAGCUACAGUGUGACUCAGGGUUUCUGUUAAAUUGAAAGAAAACUGUAUUGUGUGGGAAACAUUAAGCGACAAUAACGUCAGCUGGUCUGAGAAAGGUAACUUUUACUAUUUAUUAUGGAUUAUGAACAUAAGGCUAAGGCAGUGGGGGACUGUCUGAUGGGCUACAAGACGGAUGAGACCGGGUGGAAAGUCUGCAAAAAAUCGAAUGACGUGGUUGUGUCUUGGCGUCCCUCGUCUGAGUUCCCUGGGAAUGUCUAUAAGGGGGAGGGGGUUAUCAAUGGCAGCCCGGAGAAAGUGUGGGAGUGUCUGAAGCCUGUACCCAACGGCCUCAGAGUCAAAUGGGACAACAAUGUCAAAAGGUUUGAGCUUUUGGAACAAAUCACAGAGCACAUCUCUAUCUGCCGGACGGUCACGCCCUCAGCAGCUAUGGGCAUCAUCGCUCCACGAGACUUUGUCGAUGUUAUUUUAAUCAAGCAAUACGAAGACGGCACCAUUUCAUCGAAUGCCACUAAUGUGAUCCACCCGAGCUGCACCCCGCAGUCUGGCUAUGUGAGAGGAUUCAACCAUCCAUGUGGCUGUAUCUGUGUUCCCAUCUCAGGAGAGCCCAGCAAAACCCAGGUGUUCAGCUUCUUCCAGACCGACCUGGGGGGCUUCCUCCCCCGCUCCGUGGUCGACUCGUUCUUCCCCUCCAGUAUGGCCGAGUUCUACAACAACCUGGCCAAGGCCACCAAGUCCCUGAAGGACCUUUGACCCCGAGAGAUAAGAGGUCUCCCUUCACACCGCCGGCCUGCUGCCGGUCAGGCCGACGGUUCCUUGUGUUUUAAAUAGUCCAAACUCUAAACCAAUCAGCACACUGAGAUUAAGAAUCGCUAAAUUGAUCCAAAAUGUAUGUUUAAUGUACAUUCCUGACUUCCUGUCACAGCAGGAGGAAAUCAACAGUCACCCCCUCUUGUUGAAAGCAGUUUAAUCAUGAAAAAAAUCCCAAAAUAAGAACGAGGGCUUCCAGCUCUUAUGUUUCCACAUAAAGUCCAUAACAUCUUUACUUUUUACGAUGAGACAAUAUUCAUCUCCUCUUGAUAUAAUGAUCAUACUUGAGUUUGUACAGUAAACAUGCAUGUUGCAUGGAACUUUUUUUUACCCUAUGCUGGUAUCAGGUUGUUUGUUUGGAGUACUGACUCAUACCUCAUGUUUAGUUGUUUGUGUUGUACUUGAACUGCCAUUUGCCCAUCUCCAGCUCACCUGUACACCCUGAAUAUGUAGAUGGAUGAGUUAAUAUCUGCCUCUUUAAACACUGAAGCACAGGCGGGAUGGCAAAGGUGGCCUUUAAACACCGAGGCAGCUUUGAUUUCUGUCUGGAACAACGCCUUCUACAUAUGAUUAGUUCUGCUCCAGUAAGCAGAAAAGUGUCUUCCUUUUUUCCAUCAAGAACAUUUCCCCUUUCUUUCCUUCAUGUAUAAUCUCUUCAUGAAGUUCAGACCCGUAGCAGCUGCCCGCAGGAAACAUUUUAGAAGCUGUGCUGGUGCUCACGGGGACAACGCCUAUCAAAUCCUUAAAGCUGCAAUCAGACGAAACAUUACGGGGAAAUAAGUUAUAUAACCGCACUAUAGGCUGGUACUUUCAAGACAUUCAGCAGCUUAUACUGUAAAGAACUGCAAAGACAUGGUUUAUGAUAACUAACUGUUCCAAUGUGUAAUCAUGACCAAUACAAGGAGGCAAGACUGCUUUACUGGAGACAGUGGAGACUGUUUAAGUAAGAUGCAAGAAUGCACCACAAGAUGUAAAGAACAGGAGAGAGGGCAUUAGAACUCUGGGUGUUGGUGCUAAUGAAGAGUGAAGUGUUUUUAUUACUGCCAGUGACUCCUUAACAAACAUGUCUAUAGAAACAGGGUUAGGGUUGGAGGUAUGGAAACAUAAACAUGCUUUGUUACUCGUCUAUUCUACUGAGGCUACCGACACCUCGUUCUUAUUAAUAUGUCAUUAUUUUCAUUACUCCGUUACUGUUUGGUUACCUCAUCCGGCUACAGUGACUUAACAGAAAAUGGAAAUCCUCAAGAAUAUUACUUAAUGUAACGUCUUAAAUUCAGGAUUUGUUUUUAAUAGUGCAUUUUGGUGACUGAAUCCGAACACUUCCUUCCCAAAAUGCAGAGGACAAGCUUAGUGUGUAGGUGUGUGUGAGUCCAGCUCUUUCUCCUCCCUGUCUGCAGCAUGCUCAAAGGGGGAAAGAAAAGUGAAAUGUACUUGUGGAACAUGAAGUGGGAUUGUAUAUAAUCAUAGUGUGUUUCACUUCUUCCAUUCUUAUUUAAGACUUUAGAACACGUGUAGUUCCUGGGCAGAGGCUCGUCUAUAUUCCUCUCAUGAUGUCAUGCUCUCUAAGACUCUCCUUCAGGUAGACACUCAAUGCUCUGUACAUGCACACUUUAUAACUUUACGAUUUAAAAGCUGCCAUUUCAUUUUGUUUACUUAAUGAUUUAAAAUGUAAGAUAUUCCAAAUGAUCCAGUGCAUUUGUACUGCACCUCAUUCCUCAUGGGCUAACCCUUCCCUGUAUAUUAAGGCUCCUUAUGGAUAUAUGUGUACUGAAGAAGGGGGGUCCACUUUCCCUACAGCCUGGGUGUGUAUAAGCCAUAAACUGUGGCACGUUGUAACUAGUCUUUUAAUAUUCCUUUCAAAAUGUUUGACAGUGUUCUCUGUACCUGACCUCACAGCGAAGCCAGUAUUCUUUACCACAUUCCACCUGUUCACAGUCCUGUGUGCGUACAUGUGGGUAGAAGGCACUUGCUGUUUUAAAUGGAUCCAGCAGGUUUUAAUUCUUUGUUUUAUGUCGAAUGAUCUCACUGUACAUACAGGUAGCUGCUACAGUAGAAUAAACCCAGCAUUCCAUGAGUAAUUGAAAGCGGAGAAGCACGUAAUGCUGGCGUUUAGCGCAAAUCAACCCUGACCCGUCUUUACUGACAUGUGAUCUGUAUCUGAUCCGAGGCCUCUGCUGUUAGACACACUUUUAUUAGACCGGCUAUUAAUACGUUUUCUCCUUCUCACUACUAACAGGAUGAAUUGGCGGACUUCUCAACAUAAAUGGUCCAAUAAUGCUCAGGAUAAAGGGGCUACAAUCUAUACUUUUUACAAUAUGCAAUAAAAAAUGAAAGGUUGACUUUAAUUAAAGGUGUUAAGUCAACACAUUUCACAUAACGUAUUAAGUUAGUUGAAAGCAAUAAUAUUAAUAAGUUAAAAUAAAAACAAAUUUACUUUCAACUUAAUAUUAUUGCUUUCAACUAACUUAAUAUGUUAUGUGAAAUCUGUUGACUUAAUACCUUUAAUUAAAGUCAACCUUUCAGUGUGGAAGGUGAUAAUUUGAUUAAAUAGUGAGAAUUAUGAAUUUAUCCGCAGAUGAAUCGAGCUUUAGAGAGCUAUCACGUCCAUGUUACAUUCCCAAACAUUUUAGGAGCAAAAGGGGUUUAACAAAAAUGUGUACUACAACAAAAAUCUAAUUACUCGGGAAAAAAGAGGAAACUGACUUCAAAAAGAUGUUGAAUAACUUGAAAGCAAAAAGCCCUUACUAGCCAAUUCAAAACCAAACUAAAGAUAACUUUCUAUAAAAGAUAGCGACAAGAGUAAACAAUACAAAAAUCUCGCCUUACUUACUGUACAGUACCUGAUCAGCACCAUGCCUGUACAGGAAGGGGGCUAUAAACAGAAGAUGCCUAAUAGCUGAAACAAAGCCAGUGACAGAGGCUCCUUCAAUGUGGUCAAACUUUUGAAAGACUGCGACCAUAAACAGCAUCCAAAAGAUGUUGCAAUCAUGUAAUAACUUGUCCUUCUUCCGUGUACGAUUACCAGAUACAGACGUGUGUUGAUACCAGAUGGAGAUAGUGUCUCUGUUUGGACUGACACCAAAAACUAUGAUCCAUCUGCCGAAUUACCAGCAGCUUUUUCAUGAGUAAACAUAUUUUCAGCCAACUUCUUUGGGAUAAGGCCUGAAAAUUGACAGCAUUUCCUGAAUUCAACUGUCUUGAUUUCUGUGUAAAAGUAAACAUAACCACAAACGUGCUGGACUGACAGAUGCAGAUGUAUCUGACCUCUGUGAACUUUGACCAAUCUCACUGUUCCACGGAGACAAGCUUUUCAAAAAGCAUGUACACAGGCAGAAGAGUUUCCAGGUAAACCCUUUAAAUAUCCUAUUGUGGCUGAUGAUAAUAAUGAGACCAGAUUCCCAAAGUAAAUGUGUUCUGAGAUUCAGAUUCAGAGUUUCCUGUGUGGCAGAGCGAUUCAUGUCCGGUGUUUUUAAUUGACUCAUUUACCAUGUGUAAACGUCUGAUCAGAGCACAUGAACCUGUUAUCUCGUACUGUUCUGCACCCAGUGAGUUUUGUAUUUCACCAGCAUUAAAAUGAUUAAUAAGAA